CGGCAAGACACCAAGUCCAAGGGUUGCAUUUAUGGAAACUACCCUUUUUCUUUGCUCCAUGGACGUUUCUACCCCUCGUAGUCUUCUACGAAACCGAGAGGUAAUGCUAUUUGCAGAAAAAAAUUUAUUCAACCCGCCGCGUAAGGCGUAUGCUUGGUUGGCAUCUAUGGACUUUCUUCCACGAACCCCUUUCCUUCUCUCCAUUAUUUAGCUCUCUGGGUUCCUCUCAUUUCUUCCCCAUCUCCAGUAUACUUUGAUUUCUUUCUUGUUUACUCUUCUUCGAUUUCAUUCAAAAGAACCAGAAGAUUCAGCCAUGGCAGGACGAAAGGAAAUCGAUUUUGAAGAUUACUUGCCGACUAUGGCCGAGAAGUUAGGUGGGGAAGGAUUGAUUGGAGAGCUCUGUAAUGGCUUUCGAUUAUUGAUGGAUCCUGAUAAGGGAGUCAUUACAUUUGAGAGCUUGAAGAGGAACUCUGCUCUACUGGGGUUGCAGGGAUUGAGUGAUGAUGAACUGUUGUCUAUGUUGAAAGAGGGUGAUUUGGAUGGUGAUGGAGCUCUUAAUCAGAUGGAUUUUUGUGUUUUGAUGAUUAGAUUAAGCCCUGAACUGAUGGAGGAAUCAGAGAGAUUGUUGGAAGAAGCUCUGUUGCAGGAAUUGAAGAAUCCAUAUAAAUGAAAUCCUCUGUUUGCCCUUUUCAUUUGUAAUCUUUUUGUAAUUUGUAGGAAAGAAAUUAUAAGGAAUCAAUUGUUGUAGAACGACUUCUUUUACAAGUUUCAAGCAUUUUCUUGAAUGGUUCAUGGCAUAUCUUAUAGAGCGUCUUCAACUAA